AUGGCAAAGCAGCUACAACAAUCUAUCACUGAUACUACAAGACCGCCUCUUGAGCCAGCUGAGAAGAACAAUGCUGUCCCUGCCACACGUCGGUCUAGAACAAUGGAGGUCAGUUCAAGAUACAGAUCACCAACUCCCACUAAAACACGAAGAUGCCCUUCACCUAAUGUCACUAGGACUGUGUCAUCAACCUCUCAGUCCUUGUCGAAAAGAGCUGUUUCAGCAGAAAGGAAACGCUCUUCAACGCCAACUACUCCCACUAAUCCGUCCACACCGGUUAGUGAUGUAUCUAUAGAUUUUCCGAAUUCUUCUAAGAGACUAUCUACUGGUCGUGUACCUGAAGGCUUGUGGCCUUCUACUAUGAGAAGCCUCAGCGUUUCAUUUCAGUCUGAUUCAGUUUCAGUUCCUGUUGUUAAGAAGGAGAAACCGUUUGUUACUUCUAAGAUUGACCGGACAUUGAGACCGUCUUCAAAUGUAGCGAGUGAGACAACAACCUCUGUGUCUAGGAAACAUACCCCCGAGAGGAAAAGAAGUCCAUUGAAGGGUAAGAAUGUGUCUGCAAGUCAAUCAGAGAAUUCAAAACCUGUAGAUGGUUCUCAUAGUAGGUUAAUAGAACAGCAUCGAUGGCCUAGUAGAAUGUCUAUGAACAGAAGCUUGGAUCUUGGUGAAAAAGUGGUUAGGACAACGUCUCUGUCUUUGUCAAAUAAAAGCUCUAAACCUUUGCAGAAAUCUUCUAGUGACACGGUGAGGUUGUUGUCCUGUCAUGAAAAUGGUGGACUAGUAAUGUCUCCAACAAAUUCAGAAGAUGGUAAUAGUUUAACAUGGACACAUGACUCUCACAGGCUAUUGUCUGCAAGUUCAUUAGAUAGGGCAACUUCAGCUAGAGUGCACCCAUUGUCUGCUCCUGGAUCACGCGCUGCUUCUCCAAGCAGAUCCUCAUUUUCAUUUUCAUCGUCAUCAUCAUCAUCCUCUAGUUCUAGAGGCAUGAGUCCUUCAAGAGGCGCAAGUAUCUCUUGUUUGAGAUCGUGUACACCGCCACCAAGAGGUGUAAGUCCUUCCCGGAUAAGACAAGCCAACAUGUCUACAAGCACCCCAACCUCAGUUCUCAGUUUCAUGGCUGAUGUUAGGAAAGGAAAAAAGGUGAGUUACAUAGAAGAUGUUCAUCAACUGCGCUUGCUAUAUAAUAGAUAUUCACAAUGGCGUUUUGCAAAUGCUCGAGCUGAAGGGGUCAGAUAUAUUCAAAGGUUAAUCGCAGAGGAAACUCUAUAUAAUGUUUGGCAUGCAACAUCAGAGCUAAGAGAUCAUGUGACAGCUCAAAGAAUCUACCUCCAACAGUUAAAGCUAGAAAUCAAGCUUGAAGAUAUCUUAAGUAAGCAGAUGGUUUACCUUGAAGAUUGGGCCAUACUUGAGAGAGAACACGUUAGUUCUCUAGCUGGUGCCAUAGCAGACUUGGAAGCAAAUACUCUCCGCCUUCCACUAACCGGAGGAACUAAGGUGGAGCUUGGAUCUCUGAAGUUGGCUAUGUCCUCAGCACUUGAUGUUAUGCAGAAUAUGGGAUCAUCGAUCUGCUCUUUACACUCAAAGAUGGAAGAGAUGAAUAAGCUUGUUUCAAAUCUCGCUGUUAUAGCUACAAAAGAAAAAUAUAUGCUUGGCAAAUGUGAAAAUCUAUUGGCAUCAACUGCAGUCAUGGAGGUAGAAGAGAAUAGCCUCAUGACUCAUUUGGUGCAAAAGAAGCAAGAAGAAGAAGUAAGAGAUGAUGCAGAGUCUCAAUUGUUGCCAUUAGGCUCAUUAAGCAAGUGCCUAUGGACGUAA